AUGGGGCUGGACUAUAUUUUUUUCCAUUGUACCUAUACAAUCCCGCUGGCGACAGCGCUGACGGUGUUAUACUACCCAUUUUUUACCCGGCAAGACAUUUACAAAAUAUGGAUUCUGAUCACGAUUGCCGUCAUCGCAACGAUCCCCUGGGACUCCUACCUCAUCCGAACAGCCAUCUGGAGCUACCCGCUCGACGCAGUAACCGGCCCCUCGCUAUUCAGAAUUCCGAUGGAGGAGGUCUUCUUCUUCGUCAUACAGACCUACACUACCGGCGUAGUAUACUGCAUCUUUACGAAGCCCCUUGUUCGGCCUAUGUACCUUCGAUCAUGUCGCAAGAAACGGUGCCGAGAUGUGUUUGCAGUGGCAAUUAUGGGAUUGAUGGGGGUCGGGAUCGUAUGUUUACUAUGUGGAGGACGGACCACAUACCUGGGAUUGAUCCUUGUAUGGGUCUGUCCGGUCCUACUGUUUCAGUGGGUGUUAUCCUAUCCGUUCGUGACGGCACUUCCCCAGAAGCCAAUAAUGGCGUCGGUCUGCCUGCCAACGAUUUAUCUCUGGAUCGCGGAUGCGCGUGCCAUGGGAGCAGGAACCUGGAGGAUCGAACCCGGCACAAAAAUAGAUUAUCAGUGCCAUGGGCUUGAAAUGGAAGAGGCAAUCUUCUUCCUAGCCACCAACUUGAUGGUGGUCAUGGGACUGGUGGGGUGUGACUAUGCGUUCGCUCUGGAAGAGUACCGGCGUCUCACUCAGCCAGCGUCAAAGGGAUCGUCGCUAAAAGCUGCAAUGCUCGGGUUGAUCAAACCGAUGCCCGUAGACGAUGAUCGGAUAUCUACAUUGUCGCAGGCGGUAUCCUGCCUGAAGGAGAAAAGCCAAAGCAUGUUUCUGGGCUGCGCAUUAUUCCAGGGUCAGCUCCGCAUUGAUCUGAUAUUUUUAUAUUCCUUCUGUCGCGUGGUAGACGAUCUCAUUGACGAAGCCGAGAAUGCAGAGGAAGCGCAAUAUUGGAUCACCCAGUGCAAGAGCAUCCUCGACGUGAAAAUCAACAGUGGCGAUACAACUGGACCUCCGAAAGGGAAGAAAUAUGAGAGACUACUUCAAUCAAUCGACUCCCUUCCCCUGUCUGGUCUAUCCAAGGAACCACUAUAUGACCUGCUGAAAGGGUUUGAGAUGGACCUAUGCUUCGACCCUGAGAGAGGAACCUUCCCGAUCGAGACCGAACACGACCUAGAACGAUACUCCGCAUAUGUAGCAAGCACAGUCGGUGCGCUGGUUCUCGACCUUAUUUUCUCACAUUGCUAUCGUGAACGAGCCCCACAUAUGAUCGAGCUCACAAAUGCAGGAAGGGAAAUGGGCUUAGCUGUCCAAUGCGUCAACAUCGCUCGGGACAUCCAUCGGGAUGCAGCAAUUGGCCGGGUGUAUAUCCCUGCCACAUGGUUGGGUGAAGUCGGCCUUACGCCGCGAGAUGUGCUCCAGUCUCCUAAUUCCCCUGUUAUCUAUGAGCUACAGGAGCGAAUGCUACAAAAGGCGGACCGGUUCUAUCACAGCAGCCGAGGAGCGAUUGGGGAGCUACCGAGUGGAGUCAGGCAGCCAGUCCGGGCAACAGUGGAAAGCUAUAUGGACAUUGGACGGUUACUAAGGGAGAGAAGGGGGAUAAGCCUGCAGCAAGCGACGAAAAUGCGGGUACCGUUGACACGACGGCUGUUGGUAGGUUGGCUGGCAAUGCUCUAG